AUGACCCAUAUGCUGUGUAUCAAGUUGAUCACAAGGCUGGAUUCGCACGAUGAAUCUAGUCAAAAUGAUCAAGAUGAUGUCCAGGUGGAGGAUGUUGAUGGAUGCCUCAGUUUCAGUAUUUGCAGCCCCGUACCGAAGGCAGCCGUUGUUGUAUUGUGGGAACAAGGAGAGCACAGUCACCGUGUCACACUUACGGACUCAAAGAAUCAGGUUGAUGCGAUUAUUUCACGAGACUCGCCGGACACACAGGGAGCAACCUCUCCCUGCCCACCGUCGAUCAAAGGAGGCCCCAGGCACCUGGUUGAACUUUCCGAUAUCAAGCUCAUUUUUACAUACUCAGCAGCUAGCCCGGAUGUCUGCCUUCACAUCAAUAGCAUUAUCAUCCACCGGAAUGCGAUCCCAAAAGGGGAUGUGCCGAAACCAAAACUCAAGAAAACAACGGCUCUCAGGGCCCUGAUGACUAUGGUGUGCGAGAAAAUCCAAAAGACCCGAGGGCAUACUAGCUCCAACAGUCAAAAAUUUACUAGCUUGACUGACCCAUUCAAUUCUCAUCGUGAUCAAACCAUGCCUCAUUCUCAAAUCAACCCGGCAUCACAAUUACUAUUCUCCCAACCCGCUCCCAAUAUGCUUCAUGGUGCACCGAAGGGUAAUUCAAUGGCCAAUCGUGUUUCCAUAAACGGAUCAUCAGAUCUUCUAGAAUUGCUUGCGCCUGCCCAUCCGAUUCAAACGAAAGAGACAGCCACCGAAGAUGAAAUAAAAUCUCCAACUGGAAUACUACCCUUAUCCCGGAGACUUGCUAGCAACACUGCUGAUGCGACGUGCGCUAGUAAAUCUCCUACCAAUCCGCCUUACACCACUAUCGCACAAGACGUGGACAACUUAGCAGACUGUAGGAGUCAGGUUGGACAAUCUCCAAAUCAGUCAGAUGAUCAUGGCCAGGCUCAUACCAUUGGAACUGUGGAAAACCAGCAGUUUUCAAAGAAAAGAAAUCGUGACAGCACAGAUGCGCCAUCACCAGCAGCUCAUGACGAUGACCUAGGUCCACAAGGCCGGCAAACCCCAAAGACAUCACCCUCCAAAAAACGGCAGCGUAUCGAUGCUGGAGAGGUAAUGCCAGCGGACCCAACAGGAUUUGACCAAGUGCAAACCAAGCCCGUGCCAUCACUUCCUAACGGGGGGGUCACAAGCACCAAACUAGGCAUUGUGUACCCAUCCACAACAAAUCCAUGGGAAGGAAUGACAAAAAUACCUUCGAGUGAAGUUGAUAUUCCAAAAGAUCAGGCAGAACUGUUGGAAGGGCUCAAAUGGAUCCCUCAGGACCCCGGAGUAUCUGCACCUAUAUGCCAUGUACCGCCUCAUCUUUUGAUGCAGUGGAACAAAGUUGCACGAAGAAGGCAGCAUUUGGCAGAAGAAGCAGAGGCAGAAGCAGAGGCAGAAGCAGAGGCAGAAGCAGAAGACGAGGAGGAGGAGGAGGAGGAGGAGCAAGUAUCUGAACGUGCCCCUACCCCGACCCCGCAAGAUCCCUAUACAUCUCCCCUACCCCUACCAUGGUCUUCAUCCCCCAGUAGGAGUCCCGCUCGAGAUGUUCUUCCACGGGACACCGCUUCUCCCCCAACAUUCGUAAGGCCUACCAGAAAAAUUCCUACGCCAAGCAGUACUCAAUAUAGCAUUGAUCGAUCUGGAGAAGAUGACGAUGUGAGCAUGGUGAAUGGAUCUUGCAGUGCUCCCCAGCCAGGGCAGGGGAAUAUCAAAACAGCAGACCAACAACGUUCGCCGUUUCUUGAGGAAGUACCCACAAACCCGAGAAACCCAGUGUCUUUGGACCACGAUCCCGAUGACCCAUUCCCAAACCACGAGACUUCAACAUCGCUAGAUGUAGUCAACGACCAACCCCAAACUCCAUUACAGGGACAUUCUCACGAUGAACCACCUGUGGAGAAUCCCCCACUUAAAUCUGAAAUGCGUGAUGAAUCAAGUAGCGAUGAGAGCGACGAGCCAGAGAUGGAAACACAUGUUCCUCUCGCUCUGGGUGGAAGCCUUCCAUUAAGCAGUCAACCUGAGCAGGAAAUUCCUAGCUCGGGGCCGUCGCUUCCAAAAUUUGCAGGGGAGCCCAUCCAAGUGGUAGAGACACCUGCAGUCCAUACUACAAGUCUGAAUCCUGAUAAGAAAAGCAAACAGAGAGCUGGGUUGCCCCCGGGCUCUCAGCAGCCAUACUCUCACGCUCCGAAGACAUACCCCUCGUCUCGCAUUCUCAAUACCUACCGCUCACAAGAUAGCAACAGGCACAGUUGCCUAUCCCAGGAGGCACCAAAUUCGUCUUUGCCGGUAUUGGAAGACGAAUCACUGCGAGUGGAUGUGCUUGGUACUCAGACUCAAACGAGCAGCGUACAUGCACCAUCACAGGCGACAGUCCAGUCGUCCUCGGAUGUUAUACUUGAUUCAUCGAGACCUGCUCAACGACAGCGUGGGUCAUCUAUCUUCCAUUUAGAUCCCUCGGACGACCCGUCGUCUUUUCCUUAUGGCAGGUGUCACUCGCUGCCCAGGUCUCAACUUCAUGAACCAAGCCAAGAUUCCUCGAGAGGACCCCUUUCGCUCGACGGAGCCUCGCAGUUACCGGACUUGUCCCCCAUGGAAUUCACCACCUGGGUCGCUGCUCAGAGAAAAUCACCAUCCAAAUCUUCACGUUUUCCGCACACCGAGAGUGCUGAUGCUGUCAAAAAGGCAUCUCACAGUCCAAAUGUCGAGUUGGUAGCACGGCGACAGGGCUUUAUCGGAAAGUCUAACAAGUACGCUGAAGCACAGACGAUCUAUGAAAAGUUCUGCAAUGAUUAUUCGCUGUAUUCUGGCGAUUUUGCUCACUUCACUGAGAUGUGCGCGAAACUGCAGACAAUGCGGCAAACAGGCCAACUACAACGGUCGUUUCUCUGGGAUGACUUCGUCAUCCAACAUUUGGAAGAGUACCCGCGCCACUUUGCGGACCUUUCAUCCCAAGAGUCCAAGGCACUUCAAUACGAGCACUUCUUCUGCUCCCGUUUCUCCCGCCCCCAGCACAAAAAGAGAAGCCUCACAGCCCACGGAGUUGACAUAGUCGCGUCUCAGUUUGUUCUGCGUACUAGUGCCGAGCUAGGAAACCCGCCGGUUCCACAUCAAGCGACAACCCAAAGCGAGGUAGCCCAGGAUAAAGUGGUGCAAAGCGAAGUGCCCAACACUUCUUUCACAACCAGUCUUGUGGAAAAAAACUCAACCCUCCAUGCCCAGUCCUUUGGUGAUGCCCCUGUUCCGGAUGUCUCCAUGCCCACUGCUAGCACCGGUCCGGAUUCCGUGGAGGUUAAAAAAGAAUCAGAUGAUUCUUUCAAUGAACCGAUUAGCUCGCAAAUUAUCACGAGCAGCAAUGAUCAAAAACCUGUGCUCUCCAGUCAUGAUGAAGAGAUGGUUGAUGCAACGCAAUACGACCCAGAUAACACUCGCAUUGCGCCUGAUGCGAACGACGUUGACAUGACCGAAACUAGCAUGGACGAAAUUGACGAGAUACAAGGAGAUGAUACUCACCAUGAAACCGCCAGCAUUGAACUUGGCGAUGACACUGACGAUCGGCGCUUCUCUGCCUCUCCCGCCCCGCCCGCGGCCCUGGGUGGGCUGAAAGCUACCGAGCCCGAGCCACUAAGGCAACGAAGACCCUGGUUCCGAUCUCUUCGGGAAAUAUUCCCCAAAGGUCCUGUGUGGUCCGACGACCCCGACACGCCAUUCAAGCGUUGGGCUCGCCAAGACCAGAACGUUCUUCAGGAACUCAGGCGUCGCGGUGGAGCUAGGGUCCUAACUGAUGAGAAGGGGGUCAUCCGUUGGCCCACCUACAAUCAGGAGAAGAACCCUGAUCCCUAG